AACCAGAAAACAACCUAGAUGGAGAAGAUGGCGCUUUGUUCGCUCGUCAACAGUGGUUCUCGGCUCGCCGUUUUGCAUUUCGGCAAUUAUAUCCCUGGACAUAUUUUCGUUGCGACGAAUACUGAAGGACUUCGAAGAACUAUUGUUCGACAUCAACAUAAAUUUAAGAUGAAAAAUAAAAUGAUGCAGUCGAAAGAAAUAGAAAUGCCUGGGCCUUGCGCUCUAGAAGGCAGCGCCGAGAACACCACCACUGCGGACACCUUGGAGGAUUGCAUCAUAUCCCAACGAACCUUGUCGCUGCCAGCAACGACCCCUCCGUCCUUGACACUCGCAUCAUCACCAACUACUAUUCCUUCCCAAACGAAAUCGAGGGCGGAAGGGAACGAAGACAAUAGUGGAGAUACAAGAGCAAUUUUCUUUCUUCAAUGCUUCACCGACGUACUCAACACUAGUGUUGAUCCAAGUACAACAGUAUCAAAUGAAGAUCCAGAUGUGCAAAGAAAUCCCGAUGCAGAAGGAUCUGGCUACUAUAGCGAUGAUGAAGAGGGACAGAUCAAAGACUUAAGAAACUGGCAAAGGAAUCCAAAUAAUAGGAGAGACACCAAACUCAAUUAUGCAGACGAAGAGUCUGAGGUUGGAGUCAUGAGUAACGACGGCAAUACUGAGGAUUUGUUAACACCCUCUCUGCUAGACGACGAUAUAGUCAUCCAAUUCCUUCGAAGUUGUUCCUUUGAGACCAACCACCAUAACCGUAGCCAAAAUUCCGUUGCCUUCGAUGGUGGGCCUACAUCUCAGGGGAAAACGCUGCAACAACAGAGAGAGUUCCGUCGUAACAAUCCCACAGUUGUCUCGUUCUUUAAGUUCUUCAAGUUUGCUCAAAUGGAACGAAUGAAAAAAAACCGGAAACUACCAUACAUGAUUCUGGGUUUGUUUUCGAAUCUAUCCGACAUUCGGUCCGACUUGAAAUGGGCCCAAGAUGCCGCUUAUCGAAGACACGUGGGAGAGCCUUAUAUCGCUUGGGCCGACUAUUAUGCAAAGGAACGGAAGGGUAUACUCAAGAGGCCCAUAUUUAUCUCAAUUACAUUGUUCAUAAGCUCAUUCAUGAUGCUUUGGGCAUUCUACAAAAACAAGUGGGCGAUCGAGCCUCUAAAAUCUAAUCCAUUGAUCGGACCGACGCCACAGGUCUUGUUGGAGUUGGGCGCCCUACAGGGGCGUGCAUUGAUUGAAGAUGGCAAGUGGUGGUUGCUCGUCACGCCCAUAUUCUUGCAUGCAGGCAUUGCCCAUUUCUUGAUGAAUGCUGCAUUUCUCAUCUUUGUAUGCCGAACCAUCGAGCGCAAUCACGGAUGGUUGCACACUGGCAUAUUAUUCAUCGUGAGCGGUAUGUUUGCAAAUGCCAUAUCGGCACUGAUCCAACCGGGCUAUAUCCUGGUUGGUGCCAGUGGUGGUAUCUACGGGUUAAUUGGUACAUGUGUGGGGGAUAUUGUCUUGAACUCGCGGUUUUUCUUUCUGGUUCUGGAAGAGCGGGUACAAGAGGAAACGUGCGAUCGAGAGCGACAACGGACUCGAAUACUUGAAAAAGGAUUCCGAUUUCCGUGCGAUGUUCAAGCCGAUGAAGGAAGGAAGUCAACCGAAACCAUGACUUGUGGUGCAGUGCAAGAAGACAACCCAUUCGAUACUCAAUGUCGCCAUCGUCGUCGAGUUCGACUUUGGUGCUACUUUUCGAUUGUGUGUGACUUGUUACUGAACUCACUGGUCGGCCUCUUACCGUUUGUGGAUAAUUUUGCUCAUUUGGGUGGAUUGAUUUUCGGGUUUUUCGUGUCUCUGUCGUCUCUUAGACUACUCUCUGCAUCAUCCUUUGACUACCGCAAAAGGCAGCAAAAGACUACCUUUGGGCAAUGGUGUCACCGAUUACGCAUCCUGACUUUGAGAUGUGGAGGAAUGAUCUCUGCGUUGCUUCUUGUUUUCGUUGCAAUUUUGUGCCUGCGUCGAUCAGACGGAAUGGUCAGUCCCUGUCCAAAUUGUCGGUAUGCCUCAUGCAUUUCACUCCCAAGAUUCUGGAAACCAAACGACACAGCCAACUGGUGGACUUGCGACGGAUGCGGAGGUGUCGCCGCACAAGUGUAUUCGGGAACGGGGAUGAACAUGGGAUACUAUGUGAGCGGCGAGUUAUUCUGCCCGCAGGGGAACAUCGUAGAGUUGGACCUUUCCGAAUUUAGUUACACUAGGAUGGAGCAGGUCAACAGAAAGCUGCCCGAUCUCUGUCGAAAAUUUUGCGAAUAGUACUAGAACUUGUAGUGGUACUACACUAAUCACAUGAAUAUUCCAAGAACUGUCAUGAUUUCGAAAUAUUUUUGAGAUUUUUGUUGUACCUCCAGCAACCACAGCUUUUGGAUACUUUUAGCAAGGGCGAAGAAUACUCAACCGACUCGCUUUUUUUUACACAACCAAUGAAAUCGGUGUCCAAAGCAUGGCUGUAGGAUUCUACGCAUUAUGUUCUACCAAUAAUUAUUGUUUGCUUUC